AUGGUCGGCCGCACAUCGACACGUGCACCGCGAACAUCGACCUCUUCGACGACACGCACCACCAAGUCCACGCGCGCAUCGUCCGCCAGGCAGUCCUCGAACGCAGUCGAAAUCCCCGAUGAGGGCCCCGUCACCUCCCUCCGAACAAACAUCGCCCAGGUCUUCAGCGAUGCGCAACGGACGACUGCAACACAAAGGAAGCUCAUCGUAAACCUCAGAAAGAUACAGGAAGCAUGCUGCUUCGAGCCACCAGACACUGGCAAGGGCGGGAAGAAGUCAAAGGGCGAGGAGCAGGAGGACUUUGAUGAGGAGGAGUUCAACACCGAGGUAGUACGAUGCGUACUGAGGAUUAUGGCUGUCAAGAAGAGCGAACCCGUCGGAGACAGGGUCAUCCGUUUCUUGGGCCUAUUUCUGAAGCAUGCCUCUGAGAAAGAUCAAACCAUAUUCGCUGCCGAGUCGGAAGAAGAAGCCACGGCAUUCCACGAAACGCCCAGCAGUCGGCUGACCUCGAACAUUCUCACCACCAUUCUCGCCCUCCUGACGGCAAAGGACAAGACGGUCCGUUUCCGAGCCACACAAACGGUCGCGCACAUCGUAAACAGCCUCACAACCAUCGACGACGAUAUAUUUGACCUAAUAAGAUUGGGUUUCUUGAAGCGUCUGCGAGACAAAGAGCCAACAGUGCGCGUGCAGGCCAUCUUGGGCUUGGGUCGUCUGGCCGGUAAUGAUGAUGAAGAACAAGACGACGAGGAUAGCGAUGAUGAGGCCGCCGGUGGUAUACUCGACAAGCUUUUGGACAUUAUGAUCAACGAUCCGAGUGCCGAAGUGCGACGCGCUGUUCUGCUGAACCUACCGCUGUGGCCAUCCACCCUCCGUUACAUCCUGGAGCGAGCUCGAGACAUGGAUGCUACCACUCGCCGGUUAGUGUACGGCAAGAUCCUACCUGCGUUAGGAGACUUCCGUCAUAUGUCUCUUGUCGAGCGUGAGAAGCUCAUCCGAUGGGGUCUCCGCGAUCGAGACGACCUUGUCCGCAAGGCUGCUGCCAUCCUGUUCCGUGAACGCUGGCUCGAGGACUGUGCCUCUGGGCGCGAUACCCGACCAGAAGAGGAGAAGAAGCCAGGAGAUGUCGCUCCGCCAAAUCUAGAAGCACUUUGCGAGCUUCUUGAGCGUAUCGAUGUCACCAGAUCUGGGGAAGAAGAGGGCAUGGCUCACGAAGCGAUGCGUCAGUUUUGGGACGGCCGGCCAGACUACCGCAAGGAAAUCACAUUCGAUCAUGAAUUCUGGAACAACCUCGAUGCACAGACAGCCUUUAUUGCCCGCACACUAAACGAUUACAGUCACAGCACUGAUGACGAGAGAGUGCGAAGCAUGAUCGAGGACAAGAUGCCAGAAGUCACCAUGUUUGCUUUCGUCCUACAGAGAGAGCUCAACUCUCUGAUGGAAUUGGUGGACAAGGUUGCUGUCCUGGAAGAGAACGACCCAGAGACCGAAGAAGCGCAAGAAGACGUCGAGGAGCAAGACUUCAUUGUUCAGCAACUGCUCCACAUCGCUCACACCCUUGACUAUACAGACGAGAUGGGGCGUAGGCAAAUGUACAACAUCAUGCGUGAAGCCAUUGCCAAGGCUCAGCUGCCGGAAGAGUGUACUAAGCUCGCCAUCGAGGUGUUGCGCAAGGUCUGUGGAGCCCGUGGCGAAUCAGACUUCUGUGCUCUCAUCGUAGAGGCCAUUGCGGACGUCCGCGACUCUUUACUGGAUUCCGACGACGCUACAGUCACUGGCGAGGACGCUGAAGAGAGCUUCCAUUCUGCGCAAUCUGAUGCCGAAGGGGAUGCACCGUUGAUCAAGCCCAAGACCGCAAAGGCUUCCGAGAAUCUCUCCGAGGAAGAGAAAGAAGAGCGACAAAUCCGCGAAGUUAUGGUGUACUCAAAGUGUCUGCAUAUUGCUCAAUGCACACUUCAGAACGUGGAAGGCGAUCUGGAGUCAGACACAUCGCUCACCAGCAUCCUUAACACACUCAUCAUCCCUGCUGUUCAAGCUCAUCAGGCCAUGAUACGAGAGCGUGGUGUCAUCUGCUUGGGUCUGGCAGCCCUCCUUAGCAAGGACCUCGCUGAUAACAACCUCGAUCUGUUCUUCCACUGUUUCAUGAAGGGCCACGAUGCCCUCAAAGAGAUCGUCAUUCAGGUUCUGACAGAUGUAAUCAUCACACAUCCUCAGCUUCUCACGCCUACGAUACCAGACCCAGAUGCCUCGACUGAGGAUGCAGAGCCCAUCACAAACCCACGAAUCCGCCCCGUUACCAAGAUCUUGCUCAAGGCUUUCAGUUCGGAUAACAAGCGCAUCGGCCUGAUCUCUUGCACCGCAGCCUCCAAACUUCUCCUGCUGGGUAUUCUGCCUCCUCUAUCGACCACCGAAGUCCUCAAAGCCUUCACCCUGACGUACUUUGACCCCGAGACGGCGUCGAAUCCUGCUCUGAGGCAAGCACUCAGCUACUUCUUGCCCGUGUAUUGUCACUCCAAGCUCAAGAACGCAAAGCUUAUGGGCGAGAUUGCUGUGCCAGUGAUCUCAAAACUACUCAUCAUGCGCGAUGACAACGUCGAGGACGAAGAUGUAGACGAGAUGGUGGGCUGGCCUGUCAUCACUGCCCAUCUUGCCGAAUGGACCGAUGGACGUAAGGUCGUUGGCGCAACUGAACUUGGUCUCGACGGAAAGACAAGCACCAUUGCCGAAGCUGAAGAACCGCAUGUCCAGCUCGCGAUCGACAUUUUGGAACGCGCAUUGACAAGUACAUGCUCGAAGGACGAACGAAAGCCUUUAAUCUCACUGUUGGGCAAACUGUUCAUCGCGCCUUCUGGCCCAAUUCCCAAAGGAGAAGAGGGCGCACUCGACGAGGAAACCUUCCGCACCUUACACGAGCUAGUGUCUGAGGCUGUAGAAGGAAAGAUCGGCACAGACGCUACUCAACGCAACGCAUUGAUCAAGCUGGAAGCUACGCUAACUAAGCGACUCGGCGAGACUACACAAGUGCAAGACACGGAUGUAGAGCGCACAGCCACACCCGAAACGACUGCUGCUGCCGACGCAACGGAACUCAACGAGGAGGAGACUGAGGGCGAUGCUACUGAAGUCUCUGCAUCGCGGAGUCAGAGGAAGUCUAAUGUGACGCAGGUCGACGACGAAGAAGAGGAGGAAGAGGAAGAGGAUGAAGACACUAUGCUAGCGGGUAUGCAGGGUGAGGGCACGCGUAUGCCUCUUGAGGACGACGACGAAGAGGAGGAAGAAGACGAUGCUGAGUCUGAGGCUGGACACAGCACAUUGACCGUUGGCAGGGAUGACAGGAGACGGACACAAGUGACCGAAGACGAUAUCAUGGAGAGCCUGUUGCAGAGCGAGAUGGAUCACUCUGCGUAG